AUGGCUUGUGACGAAUGUAAACCUGAGUUAUCGAAACCUGUUGGUUAUGAUCCUAAUGCUAAAGCAACUUGUCAAUGUGAAUACUAUGAAAAACGUGAAGUAGAAGAAAUUUUGUCAAAAACCAAAGAGAUAAAACUAAUAGGAUUAGCAGUAACUGAUGAUAGAAAAAAUGACAUUAAGAAAAUAUCAACUUUUUCUGCUGAAUAUAAAAAUAACAUUUUUUUUACCAUUGACAUAAAUCCAGUAUUAGAUGCCGUUAACUGUUUUUUGAAUGAAGAAGAUUACUUAAAUAUAUUUGCAAAGAAGAUAAAUGAAUAUAAAAACAUGGUUAAUGAGGUUGAUAAAGUAUCAAAUGAAAUCAACAAUAUGUUGAGAGGGAUCGAUGCCUCCAAUCGACCCAUUGUUUUGUCGGGGGGAAUAAUAUCUUUAUUCACCAGCGAUGACAAUAAUUUCAAGGAUAAUUUUGAUAAUUUAGACAAAGAAAACUUGUUUAAAGACUUUUUUAAUUCAAUAAGAGAAAACUUGAAAAAUGUAAAAAUAUUUGAAGACAAACUAGAGACAACUUUAGACAGAUUCAACACAUUAAAAGCUUGUAAGCACGAAUUGCUGGAAAACGGACUAUUAGCCAGAAUAUUAAGUAAGUUAAAUGCAAAAAUAUUACCUAUUCUUAUAAAAUAUAAAGACUACGAUGUAAUGGGGUUAUUUUAUAAAAGAUUUCUCAAAUACGCAGGGAUAACGGAUGUAAAGAAAGGAAUUAUUUUAACUCCAGAACAUAUUGCAGAAUUAUUUUGUGAGUUAGCAGAUUUACAUCCUAGUGAUGUUGUUUUAGAUAGUUGUUGUGGUUCUGGAACAUUUCUAAUAAAAGCUAUGAAAUAUAUGAUAGAUAAGUCGGAUAAACUUCCAGAUACAGUUACUUCAAUUAAAAAGAAUAACUUAAUUGGUAUAGAAAAUCAUUCUGGAAUGUUUACAUUGUCUUUAGCUAACAUGAUGUUCCAUGGGGAUGGAAAGGCUCAAAUUCAUUUUGGAGAUUGUUUCAAAAAAAUUGAUGAAAUCAAAAAAAGUGAUAAUAAUAGACCAACAGUAGGAUUUAUAAAUCCUCCCUAUGGUGGUUCAGACUCUGAAAAAAAUCCUAUAAAAAAAGAAAUUAGGUUUAUAAAAAAAAUGUUGGAAAUAGUAAAGAAGAAAUUAGUUGUUAUUGCUCCCAUUUCUGUCUUUAUUCAAGAUAGUAACUUAAGAAAAGAAAUUUUGGAAAGACAUACUCUAAAGGCAGUCAUAAGCAUGCCUGAUGAUCUUUUUAUGCCUAACGCAUCUGUCAAAACAGCAAUAGCGGUUUUUGAUGCUAAUACACCUCAUAAACAAAAAAAUGUCUUAUUUUACAAUCUAAAAGAAGAUGGAUAUUCAGUUCAAAAAAAUAAAGGAAGAAUAGAUAUUUUUGGAAGAUGGGAUUCCAUAAAGAAAAAAUUAUUGAAUGUUUUUAAGAAAAUGGAUGAAAAAACAAAAACAGUUAGUGGAAUUGCUAAUAUAGUUAAUGACAAAAGUUACUUUAAAAGUUAUAUAAAAAAAUACUUGGAAUACCAAAUUAAACUUAAUAAUGAGUUACUAGAUAAGGAUUUAGAUUUCAUAACUUUGUUUGAAAUAGCAUCUAACGAAAUGGAUAUGAGCAACUUGUUAGAAGAAUCGAACGAAGAAAUACCUCUUGAAACCUGCCAAGAUUUUCUUUUAAAAGAUAUCUUUAAUGUUUUAAACAAGCCAAAUAAAAAAGUCAAGGGUAAAAAAGAAGAAAAAACUGAUCCAGCACCAAACAUUUCUAACCAAGAAAUAUAUUUAGAAAAUUUCUAUGGAAGAAUCUUAUUAGUAGGAGCAAAAAAUAAUAAUAAUGGGGUAGUUAAAAUCACCUCUAAAGAAGAGGAAGUUAGAGAAUACAAAAAUUGCAUUACCCUAAACAAGACAGGAAAUGGAGGAGCAGGAUUAGUGAGUAAGGAACAAGAAUUAAUUGCCUCUCUUCAAGAAAGAGUCAGAGAAUUAGAAAACGAGCGAGAAGAAUUUACUAGAGGUGGUAUCAAAAUCCUCUUUUCUGGCAAAGCUAAUGCCCAACAAGUGGCCAGAAAAGUUAAACCUAGAACCUUAAAGGAAGUUCCUGAAUUAAGUAUCGGUUCAGAAGAAGAAAAAUCUAAAAAUUUAUAUCAUGGUAAAGUGGAUUUAAUCUUAACUGACCCUCCUUAUAACACCGGUAAAGAUUUUCGCUAUAAUGAUAAGUGGGAUGAAGACCCUAAUGACGAAGGAUUAGGAGAUUAUAUGCUUAAGCCAAGCGGAGUGUUGGCUAUUUGUAUUGAUUAUCGAGAAAUUUCUAGGCUGACUUGCUUACUAAAUGAAAUAUUUGGUGAAAAAAAUAGGUUAGGAAUCAUCAGUUGGCAAAAAGCAACAGUUAACAGCAUGGUCGAACAUAUUUCUGUUUGUACAGAAUUCAUUUUAAUUUACACUAAAGAUAAGAAAAAUGCUAAGACUAAUCUCUUGCCCAAGUCUGCUGAAGAUUUUAAUGUUUACAAAAACCCCGACAAUGACCCACUUGGCAGUUGGGUUGUCGGCAACCCAACUGCGCCAAAGACCUAA